AACCACCGCGCGUGUUAGCGACGUCAGUAACCACCGCGCGUGUUAGUGACGUACGAGUCCUUUAUGACGUAGAUAUCAUUACGCGUUUUAGAAUGGCCACAGGGACGCGAAAAGAUGGGAGGACGGAAGUUCUGGCGAUUUUUUGUCGUUUGUCUACUGUGCGCUACAUUUAUCAUAAGUGGCUCCAAGGUUUAACCUGGGUUCUCAUUAGGAUAUGCCGCGGCUGGAUUUUUUGGACGUCAAGCUAUUGAUGACAGUCGACCGACGUUAGAAGAGUCCAGACUGCAUGAAGGGACGAAAUACGGAUAUGGACACCACAGCAACAGACUGCCUCGAAACAUCCUCGAUGAAGCCAAAGGUCACAUGGACGACAUUACAACAAAACUACAAUGGCUAAAGGAGAAUUUCCGCUAUCUAGCAAUGAUCGUGGGCUCAUGCCUAUUCCUGAUGUCUAGCUUUGCUAUGUACCGGAAGUGCAGACGAGGCGACCAGGGCUAUUACGAUGACGAUUUGCCUGUGAAUUAUAUUGUGGUACAAAGCCACCCCAGCACACCGAGCCAACAAGGCCAACAAGCAAAGUCAGAUAACAAAGCAUCUACCUCCCCUCCCCCUCCUCCUCGACCACCUCCCCCAAAGGCGAAUUCGGAUCUGAAGAAGAAACCCAGGAAGACAAAAAAUUUCAACAAGGGUGAAAAGAAUAAGGCUACGAGACAAGGAAUAGCGGAAAUAAACAGGAAAGCAGACCAGGGUGCCGGCCUUCACACGACAGUUGCCAUGGUAACGGAUGACGACAUGAUGUCACGCUGUAUGAGUGACAGCGGAGUUGGUAGUGACUCAAGCCACGAGGAGCUUUUCCAUGAUGUCAGAGACGAGCUGGCUCAGGUUCGACCCACACUCAGUCUCUUACAGAGGAUGUUUUCUCCUCGGGGCAGCCGAGAACAACUCGCACCUAAGCGCAGGAAGACCGUGAUUGGCGUUAUUAACAAAGGCAUCCCACUCUCCUGCUAUACCGAGAUGCUCCAGAUGCACGUGACAGAAAUCAACAUGCGCGAGAGAACGAACGACCACCCCGCGCGCUACAUAUCGGAGGCAAGGACGCUGGCUCACGCAUUACAGGCUCAAGACCGCGCGUUUACCGGAAGUACAUGCAAAGGUCCGUUUCCGGUGUUUGGAGAGUUCCGAGUGAACAGAUGCCUCUCGGCCUCACUGUUAGAGAGGUGCUCGCAGUAUUACCCAACGGCCUCCACGCGCACUGACCUGCCAAUCAAAGCCAUGACGUCACAAUGUCGUCAUGGAUAACUUUAUCCAUUCUCAGGAUUGUGUUGUCUCUUUAAAAUAAAAUAGACAGUUUUCGAAAAUAUAUAAAAACCUAUUUCUAAAACAA